ACAUAAACUGCUAUCAAACAGGACACCAAGAUUUCCUGCAACAGGCUUGAUGUGUUGUGACAGGUCACCAGCAGGUGGCAGCAUUUGUUUAGUGAUGAGUUGGGCCCAAUAACAAGGAUUAAACUUCUGAAGGCUGGUCUUUUACCUGUAACAGAGUAUUUCUACACUGUGACAAAAAACAACACAAAGACCAACAGUCAAUCAUCAGGACAUCUGUUCACAGCAGCCAAGUUAUUGUUGGACACAGAUAUCAGAAAUAAAAACUGCUCACAAGGUACACCUGUGCAGUCUGUGGAGAAGCAGGAAAGGAACACAGUUUCAUCAAUUUGGAAAAACAAACAAAAGAAAGCUCUACUGACAAGGCCAUGUCCGUCAACUCGUCUUCCUCCCUCAAUGUUACCCUUGUCCCUCCUCCCCUCCCCUCCUCCAACUCCUCCAUCUCACCUUUAUAUGUAGAAUGCCUGAAAUCCAUGGCCAGCAAUGUCAUCUUUACUAUGUACACCAUCACCAACGUCCUCCUGCUCCCUCUCUAUAUCCUCAUCCUCUACAUGGGUUUCCAGCGAUGGAGGCGUCAGUGCUCUGUGCCUGGAGGGCAGUCAACGAGCCACUCCGAUUUCUUCACCUACCACAUCGUCGCUGUGGAGAUUUUUGGUGUCUUUGGAUCACUCAUCUAUACUUUGGGCAUUUACACCAAUGGUGUGACGAUGUUAACGUUUGGGAUGUGUGUAUCCUGCAUUAUUUUCCCUGGACAGACUCUGUUUCACUGCCUGACCUGUGUCGAGCGCUACCUGGCUGUUGUGCACCCCAUCACCUACAUGCACAUGCGAGAAACAGUCGGGGUCAGGAUUAGAAACAUCAGCAUUGUGUGUGUUUGGCUGCUGAGCUUUGGAUGGAUUGGGCUAACAAUAUUGUACUUGCCUGGUUUUCCUGCCAUCCCAUUCCUCUGCAUGUUGGGCAUCUCAUUAAUUGUUAUAUUUUUCUGCUGCCUUUCUGUUCUCUGUGUUCUGACUCAUUCAGGGCCGGGGGAGGUGGGUGGGACCAGGGAGCGGGCUGACCAAUCAAAACACAGAGCUUUCCACAUCAUCUGUGCCAUAUUGGGAGUGCUGCUGUUGAGGUUUUUCGGGCUUCUGGUUAUUUUAGUCUUGCCCCAUUUUCAUGGGAUUCGUUUAGAAGAUUUGUGUGGGUUGAUGGAUUCUGGAAUCUAUUUGACUGUGCCCAGCAGUCUGGUUCUGCCUCUGCUGUUCCUACACAAGACAGGAAAACUGGCGUGCUGUAGGCACAGCGUUGAAUCAGGAUAAGGAUUCAAGCGAGCAGCCAAUUUAAUAUGGUUGUUCAUUCAAUAUUUCUGUGUUUUAGCGGCCACCAAGUCUGCCUUUCUGCCAGCAAGUCUAAGUAGUUUCGGUGCCUAAACCUAACCAAACUGUGACCGUUUAGGCACCAAAAGUACUUGGUUAGGUUUGGGUUAAAGUAACAUGGGACAGGAACAGCUGUCUCCUGAGUGGAAGUCCUGUGUUUGACCCAUCCAUCCACCCUGACCUGCUCCCUGUGCAGACUUUUUUGCUCUUCAUACUACGUCACCUGACUUCCUAAAGUCUUUCAGGCAGAAAGGCUUGAAGGCUAACUUCUCUCAUGUGUACACCGCAUCACAUGUUGAACAACAUGGCUUGACAAACGAGGCGAGUCCAUGGGCGAGUCGAGGGGUCGAGGCCGGCUCAGGCAGGGCAGUGUGGAGGUUUUUAGACAGCAGAGACAAAAAAGUUAGAUCAGAAAAACAACCAACUGUUACUAAUAAUUGCUAAUGGCUUGUUGGGUGGUUGAUUACAUUUUCAAAGUAGUAGGAUGUCACUAUAUUGUUACUAAGGCUAUCAGUACUAUUAAUUUAUUACUUAAUAUUGCUAGUUUGUAGGAACUAUUUUCUUUCUACCGAUAGUUCCCACAUGAAACUGCUCACAACAAAUCUGUGGAUCAUCUUCAGUAACCGGGUCGGGAUUUCUGGAAAGAGACGUCGCUGUUGAGUUUUUCAAAUGUAUUUUUUAUUUGUUUUGGUGCUUUGAGCAGCACAAGCCGAGUGCCAUAUAGUCCCAUUAUAUUCAAUAAAAGGCAGCCAUCUCUGUUUGGUGAACUGUCCCUUUAAACUGUCUGCUGCUUUUACAUUUAUUUUUGUAAAUUUACAAAUGGAAAGCCUGAGCUCUGUUUCUGAAAGAAUAAACAUCUUCUUUUUCUUAAAUAAAAUAGCCUUCUAAAGGUUUGAUAAUAAUAAUUAUCAUCACUGAAUAUUUUGUAAUGUAUUUUACACUUUUAUUUAUAUAUUUGUUCAUUUUUUUGCGUGUGUUUUUUGUUUUCUGUGGGUUCCUAUAGAUUUAUCAUAUAUGUAAA